AUGGCCUCUCCCUUGGCCGAUCCAUCACAACUUCCAUUCAUUCUCGGCCGGCUCCAAGCAGCGCAGAUCCCUUCAGCCCAUCACAUCGAGCCCGAGACUCUCGCAUCCCUAUAUGCCGAAUAUGGUCGCAAAACCAAUCAUCAAAACUUGCAAGCCAGCAUGACCGAGUUCUGGAAACUGCUCAAGGACAAUGGCCCUGCACACCACAUCACCGGCGUCGUACAUCGCAUGGGUCUUCCCGCUUACAUCGAGGACGCCAUCUAUCGGUAUGAGAAAGAUUAUGAGAAGGACUGGUCGUCUUCGUCCUCCUCUUCAGGAACAUCGUCAUCAUCAGAUAGAUUUGGGAGGUGUUCUUCUAGGUCAUCUUGCGAGAACAGCCCUGGAAAGAACGCGCACGCAGGCCCAGGAACAGGUCAGAACGACGCCGAACAUUUAUUUGCCCAACUCAAUGAGCUGUACAUAGAGAACGAGUCGCUCAAAACCCAACUCCGGAAUCUGGAAUCCAGGAAUAAAGCCCUCCACAAGCAAGAUAUCAAACAGACUCGAACUCUGGCAUCGUUGACCGAGAAACGAAACGCCGACAAGCAUACCAUCACAACGUUGCGAUCUGCACUUGAUGGCAAGAAGAAGGCGCUGGAAGUCGGAGCUACGAAGCUGGACAAGCGGGAUCGAGAGGUCUUAAGUUUGAGAGAAGAAUUGGCGAUAGUCAAAAGAGAAGGGAGGGAAAAGCAAAAGCAAAAGAAACUGGAGCAGGAGCAGGAGGCAUCACUCAAGCAAGAUCCAUAUCGCACAGCAGAACGAGCUCAAAGAAAGCUAGAUCGCCGCGCCCGGAAGGCCUGUAGCUACAAAAUCCUCGGAACCAUGGGCGAUCGCAUCAUCGAUGCCAUCCAGGAAGCUCGCCACAUGGACUUUGCGGAAGCUGUGAGAGGUUUGGAGGGCCUCAGGGAAGAUAGGCGCCAUCGAGGGACGGAAAUAGUCUUGGAUAACCAGGAUGAUCGUGUCGAAUGCCUGCCUUGGACCAGAAUAGUCAGUCACAUCUGA